AUGAAUGACUUCAGCAACGAGACUAUCCAGCGUGAGCGGAGUAUCAGUGUCUUCCGGGAGCCAUCCAUUCACCUGGACGUAGCGAAAGCCAUGGAAGCUCGACUCAGUAACAAGAACGAGGGAUACUCUGCAACAACGCUUGCGGUGGCCGUAAAUCUCCACGGCCGAAGGCAGAAGGAAAAGCCUACUAUCGAAUUGAUCGAGCAGACCGAAGAACGACGACUUGUCUACCUCGCCAACGAAGAAGAUCACGCGCUGAACAAAUGGGCCAGCGUCAAGAAGUAUCCAUGGUCUUUCUUCUGGUGCAAUUUCGCUAUCUGGUGUAUCCUCUUAGUCAGCUUUGAAAACCAGGUCUCUGGCAAUGUGACCGGUAUUCCAGAUGGUGGUCCUGUCGCAUCCGCUGUCGUGGGCGCACUCUCCUUUGGUCAAAUUGCCGAUACAAUUGGACGACGAUGGAUCAUCCUUUGCGCCUUGGUGAUUUCCGUCGUCGCAGUGACUCUAGAGUUCGUUGCGACAACAAACGAAAUAUUUUUUAGCUGCAAAUUUUUGAAUGGCUUUGCAUUGGGUGCCCUUUCCUCCGUCCCUGUCACAAACGUCGGAGAAAUCGCACCCCUUGCGCUGCGCCGCACAUACUAUAAUCGCUGGGCAUACCGUGCCGUCUUCGUCGCCCAGUACGGCUAUGUCGCGAUGGCCUUCGCCGGCAUUUUCUUUAUGCCCGAGUCACCGUGGUGGCUUGUCUCGAAGGAUCGUGAAGAAAAAGCUCUCUCCAGUCUCAGCCGCUUCGGACACAGCGAUGUCGAAAAGAGUAAGAAGCUCGCUUUCAUCAAAGUCACCCUCAAACAGGUCCGCCUCGAAACCGAAGGCGCAACCUACUUGGAGUGUUUCCGCUGCUCAAACCUCCGCAGGACCAUCAUCUCUAUUGCCCCACUUACCAUUCAGGCGCUAUCCAGAGUCGUCUUUGCAGCCGGCAAGUCCUCUCUACCGUUGGUUAUAUCAUGUCAUGGCAACCCCAAUCACACCGGUGCCAUCCGAGGCACUGCAGCCAUGAUCCUCAUCUACAGCUGGUGGUACAACUUGACCAUUGGCGCGGCUGGGAACACAAUCCUUACUGAGUCGUCGACCUCCAGACUGCGCGUCAAAACCAUUGCAAUAGGCCUGGCUCUGCAGAAUGCGAUUUACACCAUGUAA